CCCCCCCCAGUUUGAUCUAUGUAUAUUCCGAAAAUGUUUAUUUUAGUGACGAGUUAACUCACAGAUAUGGAAUUUAGCAAUCAGUGCUCCCUUGUAUGAGCCUCUGAGUGUGAUUUAUGUAUUUUUCAGCUGCUCGCUCUCUCUCUCUCUCACCUCUCGUUUAAUUGUUAUACGCGGUUUACGUUUGUGAAUAUUCACAGUUCACAUGUCUCAACAGGUGCCCAUCCUUCCAGCGAAUGCAUUUCCAGUUCAAUGCAUUUAUUUCUAGGGCGUUUCAGGUAGAUAAACCUUAACUGGAAUAUGGAUUAAUCUUCUAACCUUCUCCAUGUCAAGUCAUUUAUUUUCUCCUUUAGAUGGUUCAGCAUUUCUCUUAGCAAGCGCGUCCUGCAGAGGUAAUUCUGUGCAAAUAGGUGUGGUAGGAGGUAUUCGUGUCAAAACCUAGAAAAGUGUUAUAGUUUUAUACCAUUAUAUCAUCUCUCAUUAUUACACAAUUUGAGUUCAGGUCACACAGAUAAGAUCUUGCGCUAAUGUUUCUCUGCAGUGGAUGGGAUGUCCCGUUAGCUGCAGAGAGAACACUGCAGUCAGCGAUUCCGCCUGGGCUGGCUGGCUGACUGUCUGUGUCAACCUGCAGAAAGACUCACCCCAAUCCCCGACUCUAUAAUGGUUCUCAGCUAAUAGCCUAGCUCUACAUUAACCUACUGGCCAAGUUUUUAGCAUGAUGUUUUGACAGCAGAGCAGACGUUGUUUUUCUACGUUGGGAGGUUUUCAGAGAGAGCUCCACGUUUCAAUCACGUGUCAGUCCCUGUGGAGGGCGGCUUUGGUUCACGCGACCUCUCUCACUUCAUCGCCAAUUUGCUGUUGACUGUUGAGGUGGUGGAGUUUGAGUCGCAACUCAGAGGACGGAAUUCAAACGAUGAACUACGUUUGUAGUUAUUAUGGCGACUUCACCCUCAGUGCCAUCAAGUGAACGGGUCCUGUUCUGUAGAAUUAUAUGCAAAGGAAACUUCUCCAAGUAGGCCUCCUUUCAAGUGCACUAUCAAAAGGAUGGAUCGCGCACCUCAAGUGUAGGAAUCUCCAUCUCCUCGAGCGCAGAACACCACCUUUGUUAUUUACUGAAGUUCCUAUGUAAAAUCAAGAGGGAAAUUGGUCAGAAUCUUAUUGAAAAUUAAGGUUAACCUUGAGACGGCUGUAGAUUUAUCUCCCUAUCCACACACCAGAGGAAGACGCUACAAUACACAGUAGACACUUUUCAAAUCUCUGCUGCUGCUUCACAGCCCACCUUUCACCAUGCUAUCUAAAGAGCACAACAGUGAGCCCAAGGUUGCCAAGGUUAACCUGUUUAGGAGAAGUAAUACCUGUAUGAAGACCGAGGAUGAGAAGAAAGGGAAGGAGAUCCAAUAUGAAGACCCCCCGGACGGUGGCUGGGGCUGGAUGGUCGUACUUCACUGCUUCCUGGUGAAUGUGCUGGUGAUGGGGACCCUAAAAAGCUUUGGGAUCUUCUUCGUGGCGUUCCAGGAUGAGUUCGGAGGGUCAGCAGAGAGUAUCAGCUGGAUCGGCUCCAUCAUGUCUAGCUUGCGGCUCUCAGGAGGUCCCCUGGCCUCUGUAGCUUGUGCGAAGUUGGGUAACAGAGUGACCUCUAUAGCCGGGGCUGUGCUGGUCAGUGUUGGCUUCCUCAUGAGUAUCUUUGCCACCAGCGUGGUAUUCCUCUAUAUCAGCAUGGGGCUGAUUGUAGGCCUUGGUUUUGCGCUCCUGUACCAAGCCACCUCAGUUGUCACGGCAACAUAUUUCCGUAAGAGGUUAGCGACGGCAUACUCCAUCGGAAGGUCUGGGAUGGGCUUGACCUUCGCCCUCGCCCCCUUCACUCAGCUGCUGCUGGAAAAGUAUGCCUGGCAAGGAGCUCUGCUGAUCCUGGGAGGCCUGAUGUUGAACCUGGUGGCCUCUGGGAUGCUGCUAAGACCCAUUCACGUGAAGCCUGCACCACCCCCUUCCUCAUCCUCAUCGUCAUUCAUCCAAAAAAGCCCUCUGAUAGGUCCAGAGAAGGAAAAGAACUGCCCUCAGAAUGGAUGCUGCCUUAACGGAUCCACGCCGUUAACCAAUGGCAUCGCCAAAUCAGACUCUUCCUUUUCCAUUCCUCCACCCCUCCACUGGGACGCUGAGACCCAAGAGAAGGCCACGACCCAUGGGCUGGGUCAGAGCAACCACAGCCACCCACCUCCACCAAACCCUGAACUGACCAAACGUGUCCAGAACAGGCAGGUGAACGGGAACGUUCAGGAGCAGUCCCCCACCACGCCACUCACAGACACCCCCAGUCCUGUGGAACAGAACGGUACCAGUAGCAUAAACGGUUCCGCUGUGGUUGGGUUCUUCUCACCGAACGGCACCACCACCGUGGACGACCCUAUCCCACCGUUCGUGAAAAACCGAGUCCUGGACUUCUCCCUGUUAAAGAACCCCUUCUUCUGCAUCUAUACCUGGUCCCUGGUGUUUAGCCAGCUGGCUUACUUCAUCCCUUACUUCCACCUGUCUGCCCGGGCCAGGAACCUGGGCAUCGAUGCCAUGGACGCUUCCUUCAUCAUCUCUGUGGCAGGUAUCACAGAGACUAUAGCCCAGCUAGGCUCUGGUUGGCUAGCGGAUAAGAACCUGUUCCAUAAGUACCACUACCACAAGGCCUACCUGAUCCUGUGUGGAGUGGUCAACCUGUUUGCCCCUCUGGCUAACACCUACAUCCUGCUGAUGGUUUACGCUGUCUUCUUUGCCAUCUUCUGCGGCGGCUACAUGGCACUGCUACUGCCUGUCCUGGUGGACCUGGUAGGACAAGAAAAACUCAACAACUCCAUGGGAUUCUCUAUGUUCUUCGUAGGCCUCGGCUGUCUGACAGGACCUCCUCUCGCAGGUUUCCUGUAUGACUACACCCAGACCUACGACUGCUCCUUCUACCUGGCGGGGGGGUGUUACCUGCUGUCCUCUUUGUCUCUCUUCCUGGAGCCCGUGGCGAGAAGGUGGCAGAGCAGGAGGAAGAGACGCGAGGCCCGGAACGCAGACACCAGCUGGAAAACCAACGGUUGCUUCUGCCCCGAACCAGAGCUCCCUGUCUUGAAGAACAACAACGGCGUUGUCUAGAUGGUGGUUUCACCACAGCUUUCACAUUUGGUUCCUUGGAAUGUUCUGAGAAUAUUGUAUGCAAAAAUAACCAUAGGGCAAUCACCAUGCCUUAACAAUCACUACGGUCCUUAGAACGUUUUGAUCUAGCUGGGACAUUAUCGGACUCCCCAACUCUACUUCAUCACGCCUGGAAUCAAGGCUAUCUAGAUGGAGGGAGGGCAGGGUUGGCUUCCUGCUCUUAAUAAAUGCUAGACGCUUGACGAUUAUCCAAAGUGACUUAUAGUACAGUGAGUACAGACAUUUUUAGUAUUUGGGAUCCUAGCUGCAAUCGAACCCGCGACCUGUGCUAGAGCCAUUGCUCUUAUUAACUGAGCCACACAGAACAGUGUAAGAGGGAAGAAGGGCUGAGUUGGCUGCUUCCACCCUUUCUCUCACUCUCCUUAAUAAAACAAGCAUGGACCUCCAUGUGCCGACUGUGCCAGUUGGACCUCCAUGUGCCGACUGUGCCAGUUGGACCUAAGUUACCCAGCUUUUGGAUGGGCUGAAAUGACCGUGCCCCUUUGGAGAAAGCCAAGGAAUACCCAACUGACUGACUGGCUGACUGGCUGGCUAACAGACUGACUGAAUGGCUGACUGUCUGGAUGGUUUGCUAACAGGCUGACUGGCUAGCUGACUGACGGACUGAGGAGAUGAUGACCACAGCUAUAUGAAUAGUCUAAUAAUGGUUGUGGAUUGGUUGUGAAGACGUUCAUUCAGUCCAUAAAGUGAGACAGAAAACAGAUAAUCCUGUUUUUUUUGUUGUAACUUUGAAAAUAAACCAAAUUUCCACUUAUUCUGCUAGGCCAUAUAUGUUAUCCUUCAUGUUCUCAUGGAAUCACCUGACGUCUGCGACACAAAUCUCAUUGUAGUGUCGACUAAUGUGGCUGGAACACUUUUCUUUCGGUAUGAGGAGGAAUUGAACAAGGCAACAACCUGACACAAAACAGUCACUGUAGUCUCUACAAUCACAUCCAUAUGAAUCAGAAACCACACACCCCUGUGUGUCAUACAGUACACCAUGAAUAUGAAGUACACCAUGAAUAUGAAGUACACCACGAAUAUGAAGUACACCAUGAAUAUGAAGUACACCACGAAUAUGAAGUACACCACGAAUAUGAAGUACACCAUGAAUAUGAAGUACACCAUGAAUAUGAAGUACACCAUGAAUAUGAAGUACACCACGAAUAUGAAGUACACCAUGAAUAUGAAGUACACCAUGAAUAUGAAGUACACCAUGGAGGAGUCUUGGGAUGCGUCCCAAUUGGUACCAUAUUCCCUAUAUAGUUUAAUACUUUUAAGCAAAGCUCCCAUAGGGCUCCCCUAGGGCUCCCAUAGGGCUCCCCUACAGCUUCCAUAGGUCUCCCAUACAGCUCCCAUAGGUCUCCCAUACAGCUUCCAUAGGGCUCCCCUACAGCUUCCAUAGAGCUCCCAUACACCUCACAUACAGCUUCCAUAGGGCUCCCAUAGGGCUCCCAUACAGCUUCCAUAGGGCUCCCAUAUAGAUCUCAUAGGGCUCCCAUAAGGCUCCCAUAUAGAUCUCAUACAGUUCCCAUAGGGCUCCCAUACAGCUUCCAUAGGGCUCCCAUAGGGCUCCCAUACAGCUCCCAAAAGGCUCCCAUAUAGAUCUCAUACAGUUCCCAUAGGGCUCCCAUACAGCUUCCAUAGGGCUCCCAUAUAGAUCUCAUAGGGCUCCCAUAAGGCUCCCAUACAGCUCCCAAAAGGCUCCCAUAUAGAUCUCAUACAGUUCCCAUAGGGCUCCCAUACAGCUUCCAUAGGGCUCCCAUAAGGCUCCAGUCAAAAGUAGUGCACUGAAUAGGGAAUAUAGCACGCAGUCCUAUUCAACAAAUGUCUCGGUAUACCUCUAUAUUUAUACCUGUACACGGAAACAUUUAGCAUUUUGAGGCAUUUUGAGAUUGUUGUUUGUUUAUGGUAUAGGUUACAUACCAUAUAGAUUAUAUACCAUAUACUGUAGAUUACACUGAGAGUACAAAACAUGAUCAACACUUGCUCUUUUCAUGACAUAGACCGACCAGGUGAAUCCAGGUGAAAGCUAUGAUCCCUUACUGAUGUCACUUGUUAAAUCCAUUUUAAUCAGUGUAGGUGAAGGGGAGGAGACAUGUUAAGAAAGGAUUUUUAAGCCUUGAGUCAUGGAUUGUGUAUGUGUGCCAUUCAGAGGGUAAAUGGGAAAGACAACAUAUUGAAGUGCCUUUGAACGGUGUAUGGUAGUAGGUGCCAGGCGCACCGGUUUAUGUCAAGAACUACAACGCUGCUGAGUUUUUCACACUCAACACUGUCCCAUGUGUGUCAAGCACAGGAGGUUGGUGGCACCUUAAUUGGGGAGGACUGGUUCGUGGUAAUGGCUGGAGUGGAAUCAGUGGAAUGGUAUCAAAUACAUCAAACACAUGGUUUGAUGCCAUUCCAUUUUCUCCGUUCCAGACAUUAUUAUGAGCCGUCCUCCCGUCAGCAGCCUCCACUGGUAUUGCGAAUGGUCCACCACCCAAAGGACAUCCAGCCAACUUCACACUGUGGGAAGCAUUGGCGUCAACAUGGGCCAGCAACCCUGUGAAAUGCUUUUGACACCUUGUAGAGUCCAUGCCCUGAAGAAUUGAGGCUGUUCUGAGGGCAAAAGGGGGAGGUGCAACUCCGUAUUAGGAAGGUGUUCCUAAUGUUUGUCCACUCAGUGUAUAUACCGUAUGGUAUACUGUACCAGUCAAAAGUUUGGACACACCUACUCAUUCAAGGGUUUUUCUUAAUUUUUUUUACUAUUUUCUACAUUGUAGAAUAAUAGUGAAGACAUCAAAACUAUGAAAUAACACAUACUGGAUUGAAAUGUUGUGGAAACAACGUUGAUUCAACCAGUUUUUGCCCAGUGGGAUUUUAGUAUGUACGGUAUACAACUGAGGGGCGAUGACUUUGUACACAGACCCUAAUUUAGGUUAGCCUGGCCCCAGAUCGGUUUGUGCUGUCUUGCCUGUUUGGCGUGCCAACCACACCAUAGACGUUGGCAAGUACCAAGCUACAUACAUGUAGGUAAAUGAAAUUGGAUGAAAAUACCUGGCUUUACUUCGUAUGUACUCGGUGGGCAGGGUACAUUGGGUUGGUGCUGCUUUACUGUGUAAACUACUGACCAAGUGCUUUUACAGACACUUUAUUUGCUUAGCCUGCGUGCCAGUCUGCUUGUGCUGUAUUGACAAUAAUGGAGGGACAAGGAAUUGGCAAUAGAGAACAAACAGAUUGGCACUCAGGCUAUUGACUUAUUAUAGCCCAGAUAAUAUAUAUUCUUUAGAUGUUACUACCCCAAUGUACUGUAGCAGAACUGGUAAAAUGAGGAAAUGAAAUGCUGUUGUAGGCUACUUCAGUGUCACAACUCCAGGCAGACAGAAUGACAAUGCAAUCAAUGUAUAAUGACAUUAUAUAUGGGAGUCUAGUCUAUCGGGUGUUUUUGUUUUUUAUGUUGUCAUUUUUUUUCAAUGUUUUGUCAGUCUACUGGUUCACUGUUUAUCACCACUAUUUGCCUUUAUUACAACAGUAUGUUUACUAACCCUUCUGUAUACUGUGAGCCAAAGACACAUCCAUAAUCUACACCUCAAACUCUCUCAGAAACACUUAGGUUCAAACGUAGUAAUGCAGUACUAGCUAGCUCAAUAUUAGCUCAACCUGUUGAAUACUAGCUCAACCUGUUGAAUACUAGCUCAGCAUGUUUAAUACUAGCUUAACGUGUUGAAUACUAUCUCAACCUCAACUAGUAAUACUAGCUCAACAUGUUUAAUACCAGUAAUACUAGCUCAACAUGUUUAAUACUAGUAAUACUAGCUCAACAUGUUUAAUACUAGUAAUACUAGCUCAACGUGUUGAAUACUAGCUCAACAUGUUUAAUACUAGUAAUACUAGCUCAGCAUGUUGAAUACUAGUAAUACUAGCUCAGUAUGUUUAAUACCAGUAAUACUAGCUCAGCAUGUUGAAUACUAGUAAUACUAGCUCAACAUGUUUAAUACUAGCUCAACAUGUUUAAUACUAGUAAUACUAGCUCAGUAUGUUUAAUACCAGUAAUACUAGCUCAGCAUGUUUAAUACUAGUAAUACUAGCUCAGUAUGUUUAAUACCAGUAAUACUAGCUCAGCAUGUUGAAUACUAGUAAUACUAGCUCAACAUGUUUAAUACUAGUAAUACUAGUUCAACAUGUUGAAUACUAGCUCAACAUGUUUAAUACUAGCUCAACCUGUUUAAUACUAGUAAUACUAGUUCAACAUGUUGAAUACUAGUAAUACUAGCUCAACCUGUUUAAUACUAGUAAUACUAGCUCAACAUGUUUAAUACUAGUAAUACUAGCUCAGCAUGUUUAAUACUAGUAAUACUAGCUCAACAUGUUGAAUACUAGCUCAGCAUGUUGAAUACUAGUAAUACUAGCUCAACAUGUUUAAUACUAGCUCAACAUGUUUAAUACUAGCUCAACAUGUUUAAUACUAGUAAUACUAGCUCAACAUGUUUAAUACUAGUAAUACUAGCUCAACAUGUUUAAUACUAGUAAUACUAGCUCAGCAUGUUGAAUACUAGUAAUACUAGCUCAACAUGUUUAAUACCAGUAAUACUAGCUCAACAUGUUUAAUACCAGUAAUACUAGCUCAGCAUGUUGAAUACUAGUAAUACUAGCUCAACAUGUUUAAUACUAGCUCAGCAUGUUUAAUACUAGUAAUACUAGCUCAGUAUGUUUAAUACCAGUAAUACUAGCUCAGCAUGUUGAAUACUAGUAAUACUAGCUCAACAUGUUUAAUACUAGUAAUACUAGUUCAACAUGUUGAAUACUAGCUCAGCAUGUUUAAUACUAGUAAUACUAGUUCAACAUGUUUAAUACUAGUAAUACUAGCUCAACAUGUUUAAUACUAGUAAUACUAGCUCAAAUUGUUGAAUACUAGUUCAACAUGUUUAAUACUAGUAAUACUAGUUCAACAUGUUGAAUACUAGCUCAACAUGUUUAAUACUAGUAAUACUAGCUCAGCAUGUUUAAUACUAGUAAUACUAGUUCAACAUGUUUAAUACUAGCUCAACAUGUUUAAUACCAGUAAUACUAGCUCAACAUGUUUAAUACUAGUUCAACAUGUUUAAUACUAGUAAUACUAGUUCAACAUGUUGAAUACUAGCUCAACAUGUUUAAUACUAGUAAUACUAGCUCAGCAUGUUUAAUACUAGUAAUACUAGCUCAACAUGUUUAGUACUAGUAAUACUAGCUCAACAUGUUAAAUACUAGUAAUACUAGUUCAACAUGUUGAAUACUAGUAACACUAUCUCAGCAUGAUGAAUACUAGUAAUACUAGCUCAACAUGUUGAAUACUAGUAAUACUAGCUCAACAUGUUGAAUACUAGUAAUACUAGCUCAAAACAAGUAAUAUUAGCUCAACAUGUUUAAUACUAGCGCAAUAUUAGAUCAAAUUGUUUGACAGUUACCAUAAUGAUUUCCCAUUAUUCACUAAAUGUUCCUAAGUACUGUAUACUGCAUGUACAUAGUUCAGUAUUUUUCAACCAGUGGACAUGUGCCGGUUCGUGAGAUACUGCUGACCAGUCCCCGGUCCUUGGUACAAAAAAAAGUUUGAGGAGCACUGACCAGUUUGGUUCAAAAUUAAGUGAUGCAACAUUUCACGGUUGUUUUCUACCGCCCUCUAGUGGCGCUAAAAAGCUUCAACUGAAAGAACACUGCAUCAUUAACUAGUACCAAAUCUCUCUUUCCCCCUCAGCUCACUCUCACAAAGCUCAUCAGCGUCCUGCCUGCACAGCUCUUUGUAUUGUUUUAACACAUUCUCCCAUUGACCAACCGUGAUGCACAUGCAGCAGCUCUGUUCGCUCCUAAAAUGGAUGCCAAGAGAGCUCAGUGUUGUAAGUCCGAAAUGCCACCCUGUUCUUUAUAUAAUGCACUUUUAACCAGAGCCCUUAUAGGUUCUGGUUAAACGUAGUGCUCCUAUAUAGGGAAUGGAGUGCCAUUUGGGACUUAACUGUUUGUUCACAUCCAGUGUGAUUUCCAAGAAGUGAUUGUGGGCCCACUGAAUGUUAAUGUUAAAUCGUGUGUAAAAAGGACAUUUUGAUGCUUUAAAAGUAGGUGUGUUUAUUAUAUUAUUUACUGUCUGAACCCAGUGGGGUGUAUUAUAAAGAAACCAUGGUUUAAGCAAUAUCCUGAAAAAUGUAUUUUGUCCCAACAAUUGUUUUUCAAGAAAACAAGAACAAAAGCAACCCUUAAGUCAAGUUCUUAAAUGUAUAUUGGUAACACCUAGAAAUGUAUUUGAUGUUGUAUUCAGAUUGCAAUCAUAUCUUGUCAGACAAGAUGAUGACUUGACAUUUUGCAUACUAGAGAACAUGCUUAACCAAUCAUAUUCAUAACAGUUUACUAUUGCAAUAAAGUGACAUGUGACAUGGA